CAAGAAAUGUAGCCAUGGCUUUCCUUCUACCAUUGACACCAUCAUACCAUCACUACUGAACUUCUACUGAUCAUCAUACCAUCACUACUGAACUUUUACUCACCAGGACUUCAUUUAAACUGGAGAGAAUCACUAAAAGACUAUGGAGCUCAGAAACCAAACCUCUCUGCUUCUGCAGUUUUUUAAAAUAAGUUGGUUUACAGGGUUUACAGAGGUGGUUUACACGGACUGACAGUAACUGAGACAAUGCAGUCUCCAAGAAACAAGAAACAGACUCUGAUUGGUCAGCAGCUCCUAAUAACUACAGUUUUCCUACAUAUGUUCUGCAUAUCCUUUGCUUCUAACAGACUGGAGAAGAGUGUGUCUGUACGGGGACAGAGGCCAGGGUUCUGCUCCUUCGGCCUGACUGAGUCCUGCUGUUACGGCUGGAGGAACGUUAAUGGGGAAUGCCAGCCUGUCUGUAAAAAGCCAUGUGUGAAUGGGAUCUGCACUGGUCCAGAGAGAUGCUCCUGCUACAAAGGCUACAAAGGGAAACAGUGUAAUGAAGAUAUAAACGAGUGUGGACUACGCAGCAGGCCCUGCAGCCACCGCUGUAUGAACACUGUGGGCAGUUUCCGCUGUUUCUGUGAUCCUGGAUACAAACUACACGCUGACAGCACGUCCUGCAUCAAAGAGCCUGACUGCAGUGGCCUUCGCUGCCAGGUGGGUUGCCAGAUUGGAAGGAAUGGAGCACUGACCUGCCUGUGCCCCCCGGGUCUAAAGCUGGCAAAAGAUAACAGAACAUGUGAAGACAUUGAUGAAUGUGAGGGUCCUUUCCCAGUCUGCUCUGAAAGUCAAGCCUGCAGGAACACCUUUGGGAGCUUUGUGUGUGUGUGCAGGUUGGGCUAUGUGCUGGGAACCAUUGGGAACUCCAUCACCUGCCGAGAUGAGGAUGAAUGUGUGACGGGUCGUCACAGCUGCAGCAGUCACGCACAGUGUGUGAACACUGUGGGCUCAUACACCUGCCGCUGUGAGGAAGACUACGCUGGGGACGGACUCAGCUGCUGGAAGAGGAAGAAAGGAAGGUCACAGGCUGAGAUGUAUUUCCAGUAUAAACUCUCCAAACAGAGCCGACUGAGAGACACGCAGACUGGAAAUCAACGGGCAUUAAAAUGAACUCAUGAAAAAUAAAAACGUAAAAAGACACUAAACACCUGUAAAACCUCACAAAUACACUAUAUUGCCUAAUCACUUCCAUGGUCACAGGUGUAUAACAUCAAGCCCCUAGUCCUGUAGACUGCUUCUACAAACAUUAGUGAGUAUUAUCGGCCUGUAGCCUGUAGCAUUGCUAAUGUUUAGCCGCUAAUGCUAACGCUAAUGCUCCAGCCUUAGUGCUGGAGAUAUCUGGUAAUCUAAGCUUACUAUAAAUAAAUAAUUGCUUUACUCACCCAAAUAAACUAAAGUUUUCAGGAGAGAAAUCUGUGUAGAAUAACAUCCAUCGCUCGUUUGACUUGAAAAAAGUAAUUUUUUAUUACAGUUUUCUUUGCUUAGCUUAGCUUUACUUAACUUAGUUAGCUACCCCCACCACCACCUGCUGAAUUAGAAAUUCCCUAUAGAGUCUCUUAAAAUGCACCUUAUAAUCUGGUGCCCCUCAUAUAUAAAAAUAUACCAGAAAAUAGACGUUUAUUGAUAGUGCCUCUUAUAAUACGGUGUGCCUUAUAGUGCGAAAAAUAUUGUAAUUUAUAUAUAUAUAUAUAUGACUUAUUUGUUAAUGAUUGCCCUCUAGUGGACACUUAAAUCAAUGCUGUUUCUUCACAUAUUUUCCUGUUUUUUA